UGAGAACAUGCAUGCAUGGGUGGUUCUCCGAUCACAACCGUGCUGCAAGGGUCGUGGCCUACUAGGGCCUACCCCACACCAUAUGGCCUCAAGGACUGGUGUCAAGCCUUUCGCGUUUAUGCCAAAUUAAUGCAAGUAACGUCAAAGACACCGAGAUCCGGUACUAUCUGGUCAUACGAUUCAGCAGCCGGGCGAUCUCUCUGGAUGCCCAUGGCCUCGACGGGUAAUUCGAACAGCCUGCGAAACUUUAAGGGAAACCGGAGGAAGCCGGCUAUACUUGCUUACGUUGGUACUCUAACGGUGGGUUAGUUUGGCCAGCCUGAGAAGGACAAGAUGCGGGUUCACUCUGUCGGCGCGCGUGCUGCCUCGUGUAAAUUUCUGAUCGUGAGGGGGCCCGAAGAGAAGCUGCAUUGCUGAUGUGAAAAGUCCCUAAGUACUGACCCGUGUCAGCCCAUCUGCCUCAGCCGCAUUCCUCUCCUCCAUCAUGGCUGCCACUCCGUGUACGAGUGACGAUUCCAAGCCCGAGCAGUUGCCCUCAGUGGGCAAAAGUUCUUACGACGCUAUGACCGGAUCCGCCCCAGAGGCUCCCGCUCCAGCUCUCCCUGAGUUCCCAGAGGGUGGUCGGCAAGCUUGGCUAACCGUGCUUGGAGGAUUCCUGAUAUUGUUUUGCACUUUCGGUACAGUGCAAUCUUUUGGGGUGUAUCAGGAUUACUAUUCACGGGUCCUCCUGAGUGAACGCACCGCUUCAGACAUCAGUUGGAUCGGUUCUAUGCAGACGUUCCUCCUCUUUGCCGGAGGUCUUCCAACUGGAAAGCUGUUUGAUGACGGAUACUUUCAUCACUGUCUCGCCUUUGGAUCAUUAAUAUAUCUAUUCUCCAUUUUCAUGUUAUCCCUUGUCCAACCAGGCCAGUACUAUCAAGAAUGGGAAUUGAUCAUGCUUCCUGCGCUUUCUGUAACUUCUCAUUACUUCCGUCGGCGUCGGGCAGUUGCCAUGGGGGUGGUCAUAGCAGGUUCUUCGACAGGGGCAGUGGUUUUCUCCAUUUUGCUCAACAACCUGUUUAACGGGAAGGUUGGCUUCCCUUGGGGGGUCAGGACUGCGGCGUUUAUCGACCUUGUAUUUCUUCUCACGGCAAACCUUGUGAUGAAAACUCGACUGCCUAGUCGUAGAGAGAGACCAAAUGCCAAGCCAAUUAAUAUUCGAGCCGUCCUAUCUGAUGGGGGAUAUUGGCUUUGCAUUAUUGGUGCGGCAUUGGUGUUUUGGGGUCUCUUCGUGCCAUUCUUCUACUUGCAAGUGUUUGCUGAGCUGCACGGUCUCCCCAAGAGCCUUGCCUUUUACGCUAUCCCUAUUAUGAAUGCGUCUUCGUUGUUCGGAAGGACGAUACCUAAUUUUCUCGGAGACUACUUCGGACCCUUUAACAUUAUGAUCCCAUGCACGAUUAUUUCGGGGGGUCUCAUCUACCUCAUGUUCGCGGCAACGGGUGUGGCUGGCACGGUUGUCUUCGGUAUUUUGUAUGGCUUCUUCUCAGGAGGAUUUAUCUCGAUCAUAACGCCAGCCGUGGCUUCUUUCUCCCGAGACUUAAACGAAAUUGGGACUCGCAUCGGCAUUGCAUGCUUCGUGAUUGGGUUCGCGCUGCUUACAGGGACUCCGAUCGCGGGUGCGCUCGUGCAACAAAAUCACAAUGGACCCUAUAUCUGGUGGCGCCCGCUCGUCUUUGCCUCGAUCGUUGUGCUUGCUGGCACAGUGUGUCUCAUCGCCUCGAGACAGAUACUAUCCAAGCGGAAGUCCACUCACAUUCUUUAAUGAUCGAACGAAUUCGGCAUGACGUUGAUGGUUCUGAGAUGGUGAUAUCUGAUCUAGUGACUCCUGUAAUGUUAAGAUAGCGGACCCAGGGGCCGUCUUCCACACGGCUUCAGGGGCGUGAAAGCGAAAGUACUUACUGGAUCAUGCAUUCCAAGUAAAAGUUGUACAGUAGCAUAACUCGAUGCUCUUUGAAAUGCAUUCUACCAGUAACACAAUUGACAAACUUUCAGGAGGGCGUGCUGGAUGUGUU